UGCUGUACUUGUCAAAAUUGGGCAGCAACUGAUCCUCUGCCAACAACCUCUUCAGCUAUCUCUCUUUCUUUCUUCUUAUUGGCUUUCCUCUCUAUCUAUCUCCAUCAGAUAAGCCUUCUCUUUCUUUUUCUCUCUCGAGAAUUUCACGUUUUUCUUUUCUCCCUUCCGAAGUUAACUUUCGUGGGUACUGACUGUUAUUAUGGCAUCCACAAUCUUCAAUAAUGCUGCUUGUACUGUCCCCGCAAGGAAGGGCUUAGAUUGUAAGAAUUAUGUUGCUUUAAAACCAACUGUUCAUAGUUUGAGGUUCAAUUGUGGUACGAAUUCGGUUAAGGUGUGUCCCAAGCGUGUUCUGAUGGUAAGAGCAAGUGAAAGGCACGAUGGGCCAAUUAAGAAGUUGGGACUUACUGAUGCAGAAUGUGAAGCUGCUGUUGUGUCUGGAAAUGUGCCUGAGGCACCUCCUGUGCCUCCUAAGCCUGCUGCACCAGCUGGAACCCCUGUUGUUCCUUCACUUCCACUCAGUAGGCGCCCUCGUCGUAAUCGCAAGUCACCUGCUAUGAGAGCAUCAUUCCAAGAAACUAAUAUAUCACCUUCUAAUUUUGUCUAUCCACUUUUUAUUCAUGAAGGCGAGGAGGACACACCGAUUGGAGCAAUGCCUGGAUGUUACAGGCUCGGAUGGAGACAUGGACUUGUGGAAGAGGUAGCAAAAGCUCGGGAUGUUGGUGUCAAUAGUGUUGUUCUCUUUCCCAAAGUUCCAGAUGCUUUGAAGUCUCCUACAGGAGAUGAAGCAUAUAAUGAUAACGGUCUGGUACCUCGGACAAUUCGGCUUCUGAAGGACAAAUACCCUGAUCUUGUUAUUUAUACUGAUGUUGCCCUUGAUCCAUAUUCCUCUGAUGGGCAUGAUGGUAUUGUCAGAGAAGAUGGAGUCAUAAUGAAUGAUGAGACGGUGCAUCAAUUAUGCAAACAAGCUGUUUCUCAGGCCCGAGCUGGGGCAGAUGUUGUUAGUCCCAGUGACAUGAUGGAUGGCCGCGUUGGAGCAAUUCGGGCAGCUCUUGAUGCUGAAGGCUUUCAGCAUGUUUCAAUCAUGUCCUAUACAGCCAAGUAUGCUAGUUCAUUUUACGGUCCAUUCCGAGAAGCAUUGGACUCAAAUCCACGCUUUGGAGACAAAAAGACCUAUCAGAUGAACCCGGCUAAUUACAGAGAGGCUCUAAUUGAGGCUCAUGAAGAUGAAUCUGAAGGAGCUGAUAUACUUCUGGUCAAACCAGGUCUUCCAUAUUUGGAUAUCAUAAGGCUUCUCAGAGAUAAAUCUCCUUUGCCAAUUGCUGCAUAUCAGGUGUCAGGUGAAUACUCCAUGAUUAAGGCUGGUGGGGUUCUCAAAAUGAUUGAUGAAGAACGGGUUAUGAUGGAGUCCCUAAUGUGUCUUCGACGGGCUGGUGCUGACAUCAUCCUAACAUAUUUUGCUCUACAAGCUGCUAGAUGUUUAUGUGGUGAGAAGAGGUGAGUCUUGUUUAUAAAAUUAGGGCAUCAUUAGUGUGGAAAAUGCAGAAUUUUUUUUGGGAACUAUGUAAUAGUAGUGACUUGACAUCAUAAUGUUGGAAUCUGAAUUGUUGUACGUAAUAAAAAAGUUUCCAGUUCA